CGAUCUUUGUUUUUUAAACUAUUUAAAAUCGUCCAUACGCUGUUGAAAAAAUGUAUCAAAAUCAUAGAUCUAGGAACAAUUUUUUCUUUAUUUAGUGCUUGUAUAACAUACAUUUUGUGAUUGUUUUUGUUUCUAUUCUAAAUACAACCGCGGGAAAUUAUGUUGAAAUCGGUCAUAAAAGUGGUGGCAUUUACUGUCCCUGCCACUUUGACCCUCUUUGACACUUGUGGCUACGUCUGCCGCGUUGAAGGUAGCUCCAUGAGGCCUCUUAUAAAUGACAGCUACAAAGAGAUAAAUUAUGUCUUUCUAAAUAGAUGGAAUCAUAGAAAUUAUGAUUUUGUUCGAGGAGAAGUUGUGUGUUUAACGUGUCCAAGUGAUCCAAAACAAAAAAUUUUAAAAAGAAUAAUUGCUUUAGAAGGUGACAUAGUAAGAACAAUAAACUACAAAGAGAAGCAUAUCACAGUACCAAAAGGUUAUUGCUGGGUUGAGGGUGACAAUCAUAAACAGAGUCUCGACAGCAACAUUUUCGGACCGGUACCUUUAGGUCUUAUUAAUUCAAAAGCAACACAUGUAGUUUGGCCUUUGAACAGAAUUCAGUCGAUUCCAGUAACUGAUGUUAGUCAGAGAAUAAAAAAUUAUCGUAGGUUGGAAUGUGUAGCACAAACGGGUUUCUAUGUUUCCAAGGAGCAACAAAGUGUUAACAGUUUUGUUCCACAGGUUGAAACACAAAGAUUUGAACAAACCAGGUCAUACAAACAGCAGUGAUAUGAACAACAUAAAAAAUUUAAAUAAUACAAUGAACACUAACGCUUUUGCCAACAGUGAUACAAAAAAUGGAUGAAUUUGUGGUGCUUUAGGUAUUAUUACUUUGUAUAUUAAUGUCAAAACUAUUACUAUUUAAUUUUAAGAUUUUCUAUCAUUUUUUUUAUUAAUUUAAUUUUACAUCAACGGCCAGAACAUAAAUUUUAUUAUAUAAAUUAAUUCUACUUUGUACUAAUGUAUUAAUAAAUUUGUAUACACAAAAAAUUUUAAUACUAACAACAUUUAAAAUUAGUUUUAAUACAAUUUUUUGACUGUUA